AUGGAAGCAAAUCUGGCUAAAAGAACGAAGAAAGUUGGCAUAGUUGGAAAGUAUGGUGUUCGAUACGGUGCUUCUCUCAGGAAGACCAUCAAGAAAAUUGAAAUCAGCCAACAUGCUAAAUACAACUGCAAUUUCUGUGGAAAGGAUUCGUUAAAGAGGAAAGCAGCGGGCAUAUGGGAAUGCAAGGCGUGCAAAAAGGUAGUAGCUGGGGGCGCUUAUGUCUGCAGCACUACUGCCGCGACUACAAUCCGAGCUGCUAUUAGGCGCUUGCGUGAUGCUCACGAGUCAUGA